CACCCCCUCAUUCUUCCUUUUUUUCCCUGGGCUCGGGCAGCGCGCGCCCCGCCCAGCCUGUAGCCCGUGCUAUAUAUAUGUAUGGCGGCGCUGCAAACUGGGCUGAGCAGAGACGGUUGGGAUUGAAGUGGGAGCUAGAAGGGGAAAGGCGAAGUGAUUAGCAGGUUGUGGUGGCAGGAUUUACCCCCCUUCCCCCCUCCCGAUCUAAAUUUUCACCACCAUCCUUUCCCCCCUUUGCAAAACCCGGAGAUCGUGUGCCACCUGAGCCGGGCUCUCAGUCUCUAGCGCUUUGGUUUCCCAGCAAAGCACCGCUGCAUCGCCUCUUGUCUCGUUGCACUGCGGGUGGGAGCUGUUGGUUCUGGUGCCCGAGGGCUCUCGUUGCCUACCUCUCUGCACCAUGAAAGCGGUGAGUCCCGUGCGACACCCCAGCAGGAAGGCACUGUCUGGCGGCUGCUGUUGCGGGGGAGGAGGAGGUGGUGGUGGCGGCGGCGGCGACGGAGGUGGCGGCGAUCUGGCUCUGCGUUGCCUGGCCGAGCAUGGCUGCUACAAGGGGAGCCCAUCUCCGGGCGAGGAGCCGGCGGCUCUGUGCCUUCAGUGCGAUAUGAAUGACUGUUACAGCCGCCUCAGGAAGCUGGUGCCCACCAUCCCGCCCAACAAGCGGGUCAGCAAAGUGGAGAUCCUGCAGCAUGUCAUCGACUACAUCCUCGACCUGCAGCUGGCCCUCGACACGCACCCGGCUCUACUCCGGCAGCAGCAGCAACCGCCCCCGCUGCACCCCGCGGGCUACCCUGCGGGGCCUCCCAGGACCCCGCUCACGGCGCUCAACACCGACCCGGCUGGUGCUGUUAAUAAGCAAGGGGACAGUAUUCUGUGCCGCUGAACUGCACUUUCAAGGUGUGCAGCAGGCAGAUCCUGAGCCAGAGAAGCAGAAAGAAAGACACACUAGAGAGGGAGGGGAAAAAAGAAAUAUCAGCCACUGGGCAAAAGGAAAAAAAUAAUUCAUCUACUCCAGAAUUCUUUCCAUACUUCCUUUUAGCGAGAGAGAGAGAGAGAGAAUUUUUCACAACUUUGCACGUUCAUAGCAUUUUACACACGUGUCUCUUAACUCUUUUGUUUUAGAUCAGAUGUGAAUUGUACACUUGUCUGGGAGGGAGGGGAUUUAAAUCUUCAGUAUAAGUGUGGCUCUUCUGUUGGAUAGAAGAUCAAGGGCAAGUCAGAGUUUAGAAGUAUAACUUUAAUGCGCUGAGCAGCUGAAAUCUGAAGCUUUACUAAUCUACCAGAGGCAUUGUAGAUAACUUUUGUUUUGACAUCUAUUGUUUAAAAUAGAUGAUUUUAUUGUUUCCUAGGGGAAUUUCUUCUCCCUUCAGGAAUGUUACAUAUUGUAUAGAUGAAAAUGAGUGACAUUUCAUACUAUGUAUAUAGAGAGAGGUUCUAUACGUGUAAGUGAGAAAAGUAUAUGCUUUAAUAGACCUACUGUAAUUAUAAAAUAUUUUUAAUUAAAUAUUUUUUGUAAAUAUUAUAAAGCUGUGUGUUUUUUUUGGUUUUUUAAUUUUAAUUUGUUUGUGGGAGUAAUUCCUUAGGAAAACUCUUUCUGGCUCAAGUGCAAAACUGCUGAUAAUGAAAAUAUCUUGGAUGUCAAGAGAUGUCUCUGCCCCUUUCCCCCUCCUUCCCAAUCCCCUUUAGAUUUGGAAGCUACAGCUGUAGGUAGAGUUGGCCCUGCAUGAAUGCAUGAGAUGUCUAACCACAAAUAAACUUGUUCUGAGUCCAUACAGAUGUGUUUUCUUUAAUCCAAAUUAAAAGAUGUUUGUAUCAUACAGUUUUGAAACUACAUUGUGUCCAUUAGGCACAGGGGUUUAUAUUACAUUAUAUGCAAAACAGCAUUGAGGUAUAUGGAGUUUUGUUUUGUUAUUGACUGCGAUUCCUACUUUUUUCAAUAUGGGUACAGUGCUGAGGUAUAACAAGCAUUUAUAAAAUCUUUUGUUGCCUAAAUAAAAAUGGCAAAACAUUAAACAUUUUUGUAACACCAAUGGGGGAUGCUACCCCAGAGUUUUUAGCCCUGUGACAUAUUACCUUGAAAAAACAAUGAAACCCAUUUUCUGCUUGUAACCAAAGGGCAAACUAUUAACAAAUGUACAGUUGCUGUUUCUAUCAUCCAAAGACUAUUAAUACUGAAACUUGGGCGGUAGGGUGGGACAACGGGAAAUUUCAGUCUAAUUGUUGGUGUAAAUCAAUUUCAAAGAACUUAAGUAGACCAAAAACAAAGUCAGAUAACUGUAUCAAGAUUAUUUUUCUAAUAUACAGCAGCAUUCAUUUCAUUGCAGCUCUGUUACAUCUGAAAAUCCUGUUUAGUCUCUUGUUAUGUGUAACUUCUACAUGUAAACAUUAAACUAGAUUGACGUGC